AUGUUUUUCAAGUCUCUGGAUCUAACCACCGCGCUCCGCCCGUUGCUGUUGCCCGAUGAGACUCUACUCUUUGUCCAAGAUGCAGUGGGGUUAUACGAGGGCAAAUACAAGAUCGCCAAUUAUCAGAACGGCCAUGCGUACCUUACGUCACACCGAGUCUGCUAUGUCGCCGUCGACGAACCGCGCAAGUACUCUGUCGGCAUCGACCUAAAAGAUAUCGACAGGGCUGACCAUCAAGCCGGUUUCUGGAAGUCCUCGCCGAAGAUCACCAUAUACCCCAAGCCAGUGAAGCACGCGGACGGGCCGCGGAGUUCGGCCGCGAGUCCGUCGCGGGCGCUUCCGCUGAGACCGCAGUUGACAGGAGGAGCGCAAUCACCUCACCUCCAGACCCCAACGCGGAGUUAUACGCCACCGCCACCGAAACCAUUGAAUGCGACCUGGGUGUGUCCGAUAUGCUCGUUCUCCAACCCGGUCCCGUCGAACUUCGAUCCUUCUACGGCGACUAAUGCUACGCCGACACCUCCAUGCCUUGCUUGUGGGAUUAAGCCCCCGUUUACGACGAUUUUGAAAGCUUCUAUAACUGCGGCGACGAGUCGGGAGAGUCCUUCGGCGAGUCCGGCAGUGUCUCAAAUUGAGCAGAGACCUCAGUUCGCAGUGAAUGGGGAGACAAAUGCUUCGAAUGGUGGGGGCUCAUUGAUGUGCCCGCGGUGUACAUUCUUGAAUCAUCCUUCGCUUCUUGAUUGUGAAAUAUGCGGUGCCUCUUUAGUGAAUGCGAGCUCUUUGCGGGCUGCCGGUCAAGACAGGGCGGAUUCUCCAGCGCCGAUCUUUGCGGAGGGGGACAUCCGGAACUCCGCCAUCACUGAUCAUAUCAAGCUUUCUUUCAGGAGCGGGGGCGAUAAAAUCUUUCUCGAGAGGCUCAAGGGGGCGCUAAUCCAACGUAAAUGGUUGCUCUAUAAUGCGCCUCCGGCACCGCAGCAACCGUCACAGUCAACGCCGACGUCGUCGCCAGAUCCAACUGGUCUGUCUGCUCCCGUGAUUACGCAGGCUCGGUCACCUGGGGUCGGGAUUGCUGGUUUGGAACAGCGAGGGCUUGAGGCUCGCAAGAACAACGAACUCGUGAUUGGAAAUGCUUUCGAGGACCUCGAGGCGCUCAUGGCUUCUGCGAAACAGAUUGUCGCGCUCGCUGAGACGCUAGCACGAGAGUCAGGCCUGGCUACCGGUGAUUCUGCCGCAGAAACAAGCGCGGUUCUCUCCGAAAGUGCUGCCGCUCUGGGAAUGGUUACUACGAAAGAUAUGCUCGGAUCCAGCGCAGGGAACCUAUACCUGUCCGAGCUAUCGCGAAACCUCGCAGAAUAUCUCACCGAUGAUCGGAAGGGUGUCCUUCAGAAGGAAGGUGGCAUAAUGAGCUUGAUUGACCUUUGGGCAGUGUUCAAUCGCUCCCGAAACGGCGUUGAGCUAAUAAGUCCUUCGGACUUUCAACGGGCGGCCGAGCUCUGGGAGAAGCUCAAAUUGCCCGUUCGACUCCGCCGGUUCAAAAGUGGUCUCUUAGUAGUGCAACGGUACGACUGGAGCGACGAAAAGACCCUUCGACAACUUCAGGACUGGAUGGCCGAUCUCCGUCAAAUUCCGCCAUCAGACCCUGUACCCUGGGACUGGCGCCUCUUUGGCCGCCCCGUAACGGCGCAGGAGGCAGCCCAGCGCUUCGGGUGGAGCGUUGGUGUCGCAGCUGAAGAGUUGGAAAUGGCGGAGGACAAGGGCAUCUUCUGUAGAGAAGAGGGCAUCGAGGGCUUGAAGUUCUGGAGCAACUUUAUCACGUUCGACCCAAAGCCCGAUGAACCCAGCAACUUGGCCGUUUCGCUUUUAGAGCUCUAA